CAGUUUGGCGACUGCAACUCCCUCGAGCUGCAGUUGCAUGAAGUGCUUUUUCGUUCGAUCACAUCAAGAGAUUCAGAACUUUUCAAACCUUUCGAGCCGGUGUUGCCACCAAGUAUACUGUUCAGUUGUUGAGUUCGUUCUUGUGGGGGUACAAUCACUGGUUUUUAGCGGCCGCGGCAUCGUUUGUUGUGGAUUGUUGUCUGCUACCGAUCGCCGACUUGCAACAAUGAACAAGCUUACCCCUGUCAUUGUGCGCGUUCGGCAACCACUGGGUAUCCGUGCAAAGAGCACAUCAUCAGGCCAAACACCUGGAGAAUAUUGCUUGGAUUUGGUUAGGAAACAUGACUACGAGAAUUAUUUAUGCAGCCUGCUUCUACCAAACACAAUUCGGCCCGCCGCUUUCUCUGUCCGAGCCUUCAACAUCGAAGUCGCUCGGGUCGAAGAGCAGGCACGAGAUGUUGCAAUUGGACAGAUGAGGUUCAAAUUUUGGGAGGAUACACUAGAUAAAAUCUAUAAAGGAUCUCCACCAAGAAAUCCUGUAGCUCUAGAACUACAUAAGGCUGUAAACCGACACAAACUGUCAAAGCAUUAUCUAAAACGGUUAAUUGCUGCUCGUCUCGAGAAACUCACAUCAUCGAUAUACCCUAAUUUGGAAUCUGUGGAAACUCAUGCUGAAAAUACAUCUUCACCAGUCUACUACCUGAUGCUAGAAGCAAUGGGUAUCAAAGAUGUUCGGGUUGAUCAUGCCGCUAGUCAUUUGGGUAAAGCCCAUGGAAUCACAAAUCUGGUUCGAUCAAUCCUCUACAAUGCAAACAGACGGACGAUCAUCGUCCCUCAGGACCUUUUAAUAAAACACAAGAUAUCGUCAGAGGCAGUUCUUCGAGGUCAGUUAAGAAAAGAACUCGGAAAUGCAGUAUUUGACAUUGCAUCAAGAGCCAAACAGCACCUUGAUAAGACACGUUCACUACGUAAAGAUAUACCAAAGAAUGCAGCUCCAAUUUUUUUACCUGUGAUUGCCAUUGAUAAUUAUCUGGAAAGGUUAAGACGAGUGGAUUUUGAUAUCUACCACCCUAGUGUUCAGAGAAGGAAUGGAUUACUAUCACUGAAACUGUAUUGGAACCAUAUGCUCUCCCGUCCAUUUUGACAAUCGACUGUGGUCGUAAAUUUAGGCUCAGCAACUUUGAAUUUGACGAUGUUCUAUGUAGCUAGGCAUAUUAGAAUUAUUGUAGAAUAAAUACGAGUCAAGUUUCUAUGUAA